CAGGGGCGUGGCCACCGGCGGAAAGAGGGCGUGGCUUCCGCCGCCAUGAGGCCGCGCGCGCUCCCGCCGCCGCCGCCGCCGCCGCCCGGGGGGAUCCUGAGGCGGGGGGAGCGCGGGGGGGGCAACCGGCAGGUGCGUUUCGCGCCCGACCCCGCGAUCCAGGAGGAGGAAGAGGAGGGUGAUGAAGACGGAGGGGGGGUCCCCAUCGCCCCCCUGGCGACCCCCACCCUGCACAGCAGCCGGGGCGGUCCCGGUGCGGCCCCCCCCGAGCCGUUCGACGCGCCCCGGGCGGCGGCCGCGCUCCUGGGCAGCUCGUUCGCCGCCCGCUCGGCGCUGGGCGGGGCGGCGGCCGCCGCCAUGAACGUGCCGCCAGCCCAGCGCCUCUUCCGCGGCCUCGUCAGCCUGGCCGUGCCCCGCCCGCCGGCGCCGCGCAGGGGGGUCCCGGCCCCCUCCGCUCCCCCCCCGCAGGUGCCCGGGCCGCAGCUGGGGGUGCUGGCGGGGGGCGCUGCCCGGGGCGGGGGGUGGCCCUGGCUGCCCCCCCCCGCGCCCCCCGAGCCCCCUCGGGCCCUCCCGCGCCCCCCCGGAGCCGCCUUCGCCAUGUACCGCAAGCUGCAGCAGUGGGGGGGGUGCUGAGGAACAUCAACCCCCCCCCAAAUCCCUUUUUUUUUUCGCCCCCCC